CUUUUAGCCUCUGCCCAUUGAGACAAAAGAGCGUGACGAGCGGGGCGGCGCGGCCAAUCAGCGGGGCUCGGGGGCAGUCUGAGCGCGCAGCCCUCCGGCCCCCAGUGCUAAUACUAGCGCGAGGGGGGAGCCGGCCUGCAGGGGCUGCGGCAGACAGCGCGGGAGCCGGCUCGGCGUCAAGUGCAGCUCGGACGCACCGAACGGGGCCCGUUUACCUUUCACCCUUUCUUCCAUCUGUACCCAGUGGUCCUCGGCAUGGGGGAAGAGAACUGCUCUCCCAGGAAGCAGCUACAGCACAAGACACAAACGGAGGCUCCAGGAAAAAGCUGGCACUCCCAGGCCUACACCCUUGGGGCCAUUUCCAACUUUAUGUCUACUUUUCUGACCUUUCCCAUCUAUAAGGUUGUGUUUCGACAACAGAUCCAUGCCCUGGCAGUGUCAGAGGCCGUGAGACAGCUUUGGCAUGAAGGUCCUCAGUGCUUCUACCGGGGCAUCUACCCACCUCUCCUCUCCAAGACAUUGCAAGGGACUCUGCUGUUUGGGACUUAUGACAGCCUGCUCUGCUCGCUCUGCCCUGUUGGCCCGCAUUCCCUGGGACACCGCUGGGCUGCAGGGCUCAUGUCUGGUGUGGUGGAGGCUGUGGCACUCAGCCCCUUUGAAAGGGUACAGAACGUGCUCCAGGAUGGUCGUAAGCAAGCUCGCUUCCCCAGCACCUUCAGCAUUCUCAAGGAAUUCAAUUCUUAUGGGUUUUGGGGGCGGAUGUCGCUGGGCUACUAUCGUGGCUUCUGGCCUGUCCUUGUCAGAAAUAGCCUGGGGAGUGCUCUCUAUUUCUCGUUCAAGGACCCCAUCCGGGAUAGCUUGGCAGAACAAGGCCUGCCCCACUGGGUCCCUGCCUUGGUAUCCGGCAGUGUCAAUGGAACAAUUACCUGCCUAGUUCUAUAUCCUCUGAUUGUGCUGGUUGCCAAUAUGCAGUCCCAUAUUGGCUGGCAGAGCAUGCCAAGCCUGUGGGCCUCUGCCCAGGAUCUGUGGGACACUCGGGGCCGAAAGGUGCUCCUAAUCUACCGGGGAGGCUCCCUGGUCAUCCUGAGGUCCAGCGUGACAUGGGGCCUCACUACUGCUAUCCAUGACUUCCUGCAGAGGAAGUCUCACUCCAGAAAAGAGCAGAAAGACUGACUAGCUACAGCAAAUGUGACCAUGGCAUCAUUCUAAUUCUAAACCUUCCCUGGCCAGUUCUCUAUAGUUUACUUUGGCUUGGCUAUCUAAUACAGUCAUUCUUUAGCAUCCAUAAACUGUCAUUGCAUGGGAACUCUUCCCAACUUCCAGCCUGCUGGGCACAGACCAAGCCCAACAAGAUUCCUUGGUCAGAAAGAGAAAGUCACCCCAGUCUGUCCACAGCUUCAGUGGCCUCAGAGCCAGGCCUUUAACUUGCAAUCCAGAUUCAAUGUCAUUCCUUUACGGAAUUCCUUGACAAUAAGAGAUAAGUGAUAAAGAUCACCUAACACAGGCACUGUGAGUUCUGAGACCUCUCUAGGUAUCCUCCAGAUCAAACUGAGUGGAAGUCUAUUUUCCAAGAACUAUGCCUGACUCUGGGGCUGGGGAUUCCAUAAAACUUCUCAGAUGGUCAUAUGUUCAUGACAUUGUUCACUGCUUCUAUCACCACCACUCUCAUUUCUCAAGGUGGUAGGUCCUGGUUUCAAGGUAACAGCUGUGGGUAAAAAUCUUAAUUCAGCUUACCUCAACUCAUCAGGUACCAUAAGAACUGGUGGGACUGGAGAUGAGAGUUAGAAGAUGUGUGGUCCUUGGACAGAAAGGAUAAAGACUUUGUAGAAAGACAUUUAGUUACAUGCAAAUUAGAAAAAUUUACUGUAUGUAAAUGAUUUGAUCUGCUGAGACAUUUUUGAUAACAUUAUCUAGAAACCACUUGAGUUUUACUAAGAAAUCUGGAGAUGAAAUGGCCAUAUCUCUUCACAAAUAAUUGUAUAUGCUGUUGAUGUGAUUAAAUAUAGUUACUACGAUGUAAGGAUCAGACAUCUUAGCUUGUCAUUCAAAACCAUUCAAAAUAUGGCCCUCAUAUAACUUUAAACAUAUGACCACACCACUCCCCUUUACAUGUAUCUCAUACAUCAGCCAAAAUGAGCUACUGUUCUCCUCUAAUAUGCCAUGAACUUUCCUCCAUGUGCCAUUCUCCUUCUUUUGGCCAGUCUACCAAAAUCCUUCUUGUUCUUCAACCUCCAGCUCAGAUGCUACCUUUUCUGUGGCAUCUCUUCUGAUUUUCUCCCAGUAGCCUGAGUCCUCUGUGAUACCCCUUUCUAACAACACAUUGUGUAGGGCACCGAUUCCAUUACAUCAUUAAUCUCUUGGGGCCCUGAGUUUUUGGUGUUCUUCAAUACCUCCUACUAGACUGUAAAACUUCUUGAAAGCAGGGAUUCUUGUAUGCAUUUUAAAAUCCUUCAUGGUGCCUAGGUGCUCAGUAACAUUGGUUGAAUUAGUGAAUUGACUAUCAAGCUGUGAUAUAGUCUGUAUCCUCAGGGUGCUGUUCCUUGUACACAAAGGUAAUGUUCUUGAUUCACUGUCAGCAAGACACACGCCUUUGGGGUAUGUUUUUGUUUUCUUUGAAUAGUGGAUUUUGUUUUGUGCUAAUAAUAAUGAUGCUAGUGAUAAUAACAAUAAUUAAAAAUUACUUUCAAUGGGAA